GCAUCUUUAAUAUCAGAAAUAGAUAACUGAAGUAAAUUAAGGGUGAUGCAAUAAAAAAAUUUUUUUAAUUUUGUUUUAGGCAAAUAUAUAAUUGUAAUAAAUUAUGCGUGCGAAUACAUCGAUCUCUAGAGUAUUGAUAAGAAAACACAAUAUACAUUGUUACACUAGAUAUCUGCUAUAUUCCGUCGGAGAAAAAUGUUUCACGAUGUUGAAAUCAACCAACCUUGUACAUUGAAAAACAAAACAAUUUGAAUUAGUCUACAAAAAUCUGACGUUUAGUCUUGAAGAAGAGUGUGGCAACCGCGAUUAGCUGAGAGAAAUCCAAUCUUUCUAAUUGCAAGUACUUUUAAAUCAAUAUUUAAUAAUUUUAAUAAUGUCUGACGAAGAUGAUUAUAUGUCGGACAAGUUCCUUUGCGGAGACGUUCGACCUAGCCUUGUACAACAACCCAAUAAAAAGAGGCAGAUUUCAUUGGAGGAGAAGAAAAAGGAACAUAUUAAACGUCAAAAGCAAGAUAGCAUGGCGCGCAAGGGAAUUGUGAACAAUAUAACAUUGGCAGAAUCUCUCAAAAAGCCUAUAGAGAAUCAGAACAAGGGCUUUCAGAUGCUUGCUAAAAUGGGCUAUAAACCGGGACAGGCACUUGGUAAGAAAAUAUCUGGUAAUGAAACAGAAACGCGCCUUAUUGAGCCAAUUAGUAUCAGCAUAAAAUCUGAUAGGGGAGGCCUAGGCCGUGAAACAGCAUUACGUGAUUUAGCCGAACGUCGGCAACAAAAACGAGAACAACAGCUGCGAAAUCGUCUCGUUGGAGGUGAAACCGUAACGGUAGAACAAUUUCGUAAGCGCGCACAGGAGAAAGCCGACGAGCGAUUUGCAAUUGGAGCCUUAAAACACUGUCAGUUAUCAUGUGAAACACUAGACCUAGAGAACGGCAUCAAAGAAGCCGAGCUUAGUUGGUUUUGGCCAGAACGCAAUGAAAACGUAAAUGAGGAAGAUUUGAACGAAGCAGUCUGCGAAACAAACGCAAACGAUGUAGUUGAGGAUAAUGAGGAAGAAUUUUCCUCCGCGGAGAAAGUGGAAAUGCUUACCAGUUAUUUGCGCACAUCAUACAAAUUCUGUUUUUGGUGUGGGGUACGUUACAAAAAUCAAGAUGAUAUGAACAGCAAUUGUCCGGGAGAAUUGCGAGACGAACACUAAUUAACUUUUUCAACCAUAAUCAAAUAAGUUAACGGGAUAAUGUCGACUUAAUGUUAUUUUAUUUACCAUAUUUUAAGAAAUAUAGAAAAUUACUUUAAGCUAAAAUUUCUAAAUUCAUUUUCUAUAAAUGUUCAAAUUGUUCAUCAUCAUACAAAAAUGUGUUCAUAAAAUGCAAUAAUUUCGUCAAAAUAGCAUUCACAUUUUUUAAAAAGCAAAAAUUAAAAACAUACGUUAUAUUUAGCUAAACACGACCAUCAAGCUUAUGUAUUAAA